ACUAAAAUACCUACGUAUCUUUGAAAAAAUUGCAUUUCGCACAUCGGAAAUAAAAAUCCUCAGUUCCAUGUCUGACAUAUUCGAGGCACAAUGUCUUUAAUUCAAGUCUGUGUACAAUUGACAAAUUGGUACAUGAUCCUCGCGCAUGGUUUCGCUGCACAUGGAAUCACAAACCAAACCGCAGGAAACCGGAGUGCAAAACAAACCGACAUUUUUUGCUAUAGCUGCAAUGUACAGUUUUGGAAUUUGGGAAGGCCUAACCAACCACCAAACCAACCACCGAACCAUGAGGACAGAUUGCAAGAAUAUGGCGGUAAAUGCCGUAACACCCUCAACUGCAAAAAGCUCCUCUGCAUUAGAAGUAGCUGCCGAAAGGAUUGCGUAGAGAAUGGAUACCCACUUCUGCAAGGACAACGACGUCAUUGUUGUUCCCGGGGGAAACAUGUCGGGACCACGACACGAUAUUGUAUUUGUCUCCCGGAUUCGGGUGGUUAUGGAUCCGACAAUUUAUACGAUUCUUCCAAGUGCACUUCCAGCAGCGAUUGCUGUAAUAAAAGAUCGAAAUGUAAAAAUGGGUUGUGCACACCGCCUGAGAGCGAUGCGAGUUGCUUAGCAACGGGAAGCCUUUGCUUCGUACCAUUUACGAAAGCCUGCUGUGGCCAGUGCGUUGUAACGGGUCCGACUGGGAUAGAGCAAAGAUGUACUUAACUAACUGAAGACGGGGGAUAAUUAAUGAAUAAAUUGUAACUUUUACAUGCAUACUCGGUUAAAAAUCUGGUGGAGUCAAACAUGUACUGGUGUUAAUUUUGUAAUAACUUUCUACCGGAUUGGUCAUAGUAAAUAUUUAUGUAGUUAUGAAAUCAAUAUCGUACUCAAGGGAGAUUUUUUAAGAAUUAUGGUCACAAUGAGAUUAGUUACGGAAAAUUGUGGAAAAUUGGCUGUACAAAUAAACGACGAAUGAUUUACGUA